AUGUGGAACCCUCCGCCACUCCCGUACUUUUGCGACUCCUCCCUCGUACCGGCCUCUCUUCCCAGCACUGCAGACAUAGAAAAUGCGACCUCCGUACUCAAGGACGGAUCUUCCAGAGUCCUCCGAGUCGGAGAUCAUUUCGUCGUCAAAUAUGGCCCACAGAUAAGACGACGCAUCCAAGAAGGACUAAAUACGAUCUUUGUCAACCAAAAUCUCACAACUCCGAGUCCAUUGGUGUACGCUUUGUACGAAGAGAAGGGCAAUGCUUAUUUAGUCAUGCAAUACGUCGCCGGCCAGUCCCUCGAACAGCUCUGGCCAGGUCUUCAGGAUCGUGAGCGGAGGCUGAUUCUAAGAAAGCUUAGAACAGUCCUAGACGACAUGAGGUCUCUCACACCACCGUCGCCUCUUUUCUACGGAAGUGUUGAUCGUGGGCCACUCCCGUACUUUCUGUUCUGGACGCCAAAACCGCAGGAGAUGAUUAACGGCCCAUUCGACACCGAGGAGCAACUGUACCUUGGCCUCGUGGAGCAACUCCGUCAGAUAUACAGUGACAACAAUCAACAUAUGUCUCGGGUCGAAUGGCUGCGAAAACAUCUUCCUGUAUCACUCAAAGGGCACCCACCGACAUUCACGCACGGAGACAUACAGAAGAAAAACAUACUUGUAGACAAAAUAGGGAAGGGGCAGGACGACUUUCGCAACGAGGAUGACUUUAGCCUAACAAUAGUCGAUUGGGAAGACGCAGGUUGGUAUCCCAGCUACUUCGAGUACUUCAUCAGCUACACAAGUUUUCUCUGGGAUGACGACUGGCCCCAGUUGCUUGAGAUAUGUCUCGAUGCUUUCCCCCUUCAGAUAGCGAUGCUAUCACCAAUAUACCACGGCAUUUUUCUGUAA